CUUGAAAGAGAUUGGUAACAGAUUUGAAGAUACUUGCUAUCAAACCCUUGAUGAGUUUCAUAUUAAGGCAAAGUUAUUUUUGUGGGGUUUAACGGACGCCGAGCAGUUUACGACUCUGUAACAUGUCAAACCCCAUUAUAACACAAUUAAUUUGACAUUCCCCUCUUCGGACGCUCACAGCCUCAGUAUAAGUUUGUAAACCCCGUGUUGUUCCGUGACUGCUGUGAUCGGCAGCCGUGAAUUUCCUCAAAGCAAACCUACAUAAACAAACAUCAAACACCAGGAUAACAGCGAUGACGAGCUCUGGGAGAUUUUCUGGCAUAUUUUAUCGACAGAUAUUUGUUCCAUCGUGUGUGUAUGUGCGCCUCAGAGGGAUUUCCCGUAUGUUGGAUGUUUAUUCUUGCGGUUCUGUCGCGUUUCUCUGAAGUGUUCAGCUCUUAAUGGUGCUGGAGAAAGACGCUUCCACGUAACGCUCCACCCAUCUCUCCACCUAACGCGCUUUACAUUAUUUAAGAAUAGAAACACCUUCCUCUGACAUGACUUGAGAAGUGUCUGCUUUGAAAGCGAAGUCAAGCUGUCUGCAUUCACAAAGACAUGAACUUAGAUGGGGACAGCAACAUGUCAGUCAGUUGUGGGAAUGGCAAACUUAGACAGUGGCUCAUCGAUCAGAUUGACAGCGGGGAGUAUCCCGGCUUGGUUUGGGAAAAUGACGAGAAAACCAUUUUCAGGAUUCCCUGGAAACACGCGGGGAAGCAGGACUACAACCGCGACGAGGACGCGGCGCUCUUCAAGGCUUGGGCCCUUUUCAAAGGCAAGUACAGAGAAGGCUUGGACAAACCAGACCCUCCAACGUGGAAGACGAGGCUCCGCUGUGCCCUGAACAAAAGCAAUGACUUUGAUGAACUGGUGGAGAGAAGCCAGCUGGACAUUUCAGAUCCUUACAAGGUCUACAGGAUAAUACCAGAAGGGGCGAAGAGAGGCUCUAAGUCCAGCAGUAUGGAUGAAAGCACGGCACACGUAACUGCUAUUAGUUAUCCAAUGCAUUCUCCAUAUCCUCCUCUACAGCCUCAGAUGUCGGGAUACAUGCUGCCCCAGGAGAGACGUGAUUGGAGGGAAUACAGCGGCGACCAGCCUCAUCCUCAGGCUCCUCACGCGGAGUUACCGUACGGCCAGUGUCCGUAUCCACCGACGCGCUCCUUAUCCUGGCACCCAUCGGCCUGUGACAACGGGUACCAGAUAUCUGGCUCCUUCUACACAUAUUCGCCUACAGAAACCCAUCCUGUGGCAAUGGACCCCAGUAUGAGAUCCGCUGAAGCCAUGGCCAUUUCAGACUGUCGCCUGCACGUCUCCCUGUACUAUCGCGACUCGCUCGUGAAGGAAGUGACCACCAGCAGUCCUGAAGGCUGUCGAAUCUCCUCCUCUCCGUCUCCAGGAUCCCCUUCGUCCCCUUCAUCUCCGUGCCCGGAGGAGCGGCUGUACGGCGGGGCCGAGCCCGUGCUCUUUCCCUUCCCGUACCCUCAGUCCCAGCGCCGCGGGGCCGAGAAGCUGCCCAACAUCCUGGAACGCGGCGUCCUGCUGUGGCUGGCGCCGGACGGCCUGUACGCCAAGCGCCUGUGCCAGGGGAGGGUGUACUGGGAAGGUCCGCUGGCGCAGUACGCAGACAAACCCAACAAGCUGGAGAAAGAGCAGACCUGCAAGCUGAUGGACACGCAGCAGUUCCUCUCAGAAUUGCAGGGCUUCAUUCACCACGGCCGUCCCAUGCCGCGCUCUCAGGUGGUGCUGUGUUUCGGAGAUGAAUUUCCAGACCCUCAACGGCAGAGCAAAAUGAUCACAGCUCAGGUGGAGCCCAUGUUUGCCCGGCAGCUCCUGUAUUUUGCGGGCCAGACCAACGGUCACUACUUGCGCGGAUACGAGCUCCAGAGUCAAGGUGCUUUACCUGUAGAAGAGUAUCAGAGAAGCAUCCAGCACUUGCAGGAGUAACAGCCUUCCUGUGAAACCAGCUGAGAUGCUCCAAAGCCCAGGUGCUCACACAGACAGAGGAGACUAAUGAAAGCAAAUGGAGGAUAAUUGACAUAAUGAAGACUUGAAAUCGCAUUGUGAUUUCCCAACCAAGUGCCCACUUUCACAUCCCGAAAGCUACAAACAUGAAAAUCCAGCUCUCGGACACCACACAGUAUUGGAUGUGGUCAUUUUGUAUGAAAUUGUUCAAAGUUUCAGGUAAAUCAUGUCUCAUUAAGUUCAAAAGUCAAACCACAUGAUAAAAACAUUGUCUAAUGAAGUUCAUUUCACUCAAACUGUGCUGAUAAAGUCAUUUUGUAGUGACAAAUAACAGAAAGCAGAAGUGGACUCAGAUUUUUGGACUUCUAAAUGUUUCAUAUGAACAUUUCAGAAAGAAGCUAACCAAAAAUAAAACUACAAUCGAACUAUUUUUCUGAUAAAAUAUAGUAAUUUUUUGUUAGUAGGUCAAAUAUUUUUGAUAUUAAGUAUAAGUUGAUGUUUAGUCGCAUAGUUUUUCUAUUGCCGGUCUGUAUUGCUUUGCUUUUCUAACACAAUCCUCUAUUUUUCUCAUUGUUUUUAACUCGGCACCACGUAAGUAUUUAUAAUGCGUGCAUGUAGGUUCCUAUAUGUACAGCCGAAUGUACUGUAUAGCUGUAUAGAUAUCUUGAAUGUAAUCAAAGUAAUUAUUUCUCUGAAUGACAUCUGACAAGAAGUUAUAUAAUGCUAAAUACUAAGAAACAGUUUGUGGUUGAGUGUGUGUGUGUGUGUGUGUGUAUGAUUGUUAUCUGCCUACAAGUAAAGAUCUAAAUUCUAAGUUGCAAAUGUAAUCAUAACAAAAUCUGCUUUUCCCCUCUUUGUGCAAGUGUGUGUGUGUGUGUGUGUGUGGCACUUGUGUGUGUUCACGUGUUGCGUGCUGAUGGGAACGCACCAGAGCCCACAAAACUGUGAUGACUUCAGAUGUGUGAAUGAAAGAGGCAUGAAGAGAAAGAUCUUUUCAAAUUUCUUGUUUCCCUCUGUCUCAGAACUGUUUAUGUUGUUUUGUCUAUUUUAUUUCAAAUCUGGACAUUUUUUAAAGUAACAAUAAAGAUAUUUUUCGUAUUA